AUGUUGUUGCUAUAAAUAGGGCUAUUCAUGUUCUAGGUUGUUAUCCAUUAUUCCAUUUCGUACAGCCUCAACCCCCAUAUUGGCUGUCAAAAUGAAAUCUCUCUACUAUAAGUUUCUAUGUUUGGUCGUACUGAGCUUCUUCAACAACCACCAUUUGGGUAGUGCUGAUCCUACAGAUGGGUUCACCCUUGUGCCAUUAACAGAUCGGAACUUUAAGCUACAAAAACCAUAUAACGAACCCCUUGAUGAUCGAUACAGCUACAAAGUUGGGGUUCGAAGUUUCUGGAUAUACAACAAUGACAAGCCCUUCAAAACAGAUAGCACAACCAGGCCACGCUCGGAACUACGCAUAACGGGACAUGACUAUUCUUCUGGAAUUUGGCAAUUUGAAGGCUAUGCAUAUGUGCCCAGUGGUACUUCUGGGGUUACAAUAGUGCAGAUUCAUGGUGCAACUGAAGGAGCUACAACUCUACAACUAAGGAUGUAUGAAGGAGACGGUGGAGAUCUCAGAUACUACAGAUACAACUUAGUUGAUACUGAUCUCUACGACAAGUGGUUCAGAGUAAACAUAAUCCACAAUGUUGACAAAGGGAAGGUCAUAGUUUUCAUUGACGGUGUUAAGAAGUUUGUGGUGAAAGAUCAGGGACCAGGGGACCUGUACUUCAAAUGUGGUGUGUAUGCAGCACCGUUUAAUUCCAGUAACUACAUGGAAUCAAGGUGGAAGGAGAUCAAACUUUACAAAAAAUGAUGGGAAAAUUACUAUAUUUCUAAUCAGUAGCUAAAUAUGAUGUUAUAGAGGCUAUGCCAUCUUUGUAUUUAUGAAUGUACAAAACUAUGGUUUCACUAGAACUCAUAAAACUCUCAUCUCCCUCUUAUAGUUCCUUCAUUAUACAUGUCUAUGAAAUUUAGUAAUUACAUGGAAUCAAGGAGAUCAAACUAUACAAAAAAUGAUGGGAAUAUUACAAUAUUUCCAUUCAGUAUAGCUAAAUAUGAUGAUGUAUAGGGGCUAUGCCAUCUUUCUAUUUACGAAGUACAAACUAUGGUUUCACUGGAA